AUGAGAAACCCCCAGGAGAACUGUGACCUGGAUUCCAGAUCCAAGACCUGGCAUGGAGAGCCAAUGUUCGCGAUCCGACGGGCAAUCGCUUUACUAGGUACUGCUCAAGUCAGUUUGCUCCCCUUGGACGUCCAAUCCCAGCUGCGUACACUUCAUACACUAUACUUCAUCGAUGAUCCACAAGGAUACCCGGAUGAAUAUCUUUCCGCCGUCAACAAGCAGACCGAUAAGUUGCUUGGACCGACCAAGGACAUUCAAUUUGUCCCAGCCAACGACCGGGUGCUUGGACCAGACAGUACGACUGAAGAUGCAGUGCGGAAGCUGUCAAACACGUUUUCGAAAGUCUGA